UUUACCAGUUUCAAUAUAGAUAUAUUCCUAAAACGAAUUUAAACUAAGGUUGAUCUUCAACUUUUCAUCGACAAUUAUUUUAGUGUAGGUAUAAAAUUGUUAAAAGGUACUCCUUGCAGCCAUGUCGCAACAAUUGCUAAGUCAAGAUCUUGAAAAGGAAUCGGAUUAUGAAAAACAAGAAGAUUUAAAAACUGUCCCAUUCGAUGAUGAAUCAACUCUUGAAGGUGACCCAGAUUUGUAUUUACAAAAACAAGUAGAAUUCGAAUCUCAACAUGAUAUCAACUAUAGAAACUGUUCAUGGCAAAAGACUGCUGGAUUAUUAUUCAGUGAAUAUAUUUGUUUGGCAAUUAUGUCAUUUCCUUGGUCUUAUUCUGUGUUGGGAGUAGGCUUAGGUUUAAUUGUAACUAUUAUAGUUGCUUUAUUUGUUUUAUAUACGGGUCUUAUUGUCGCUGAUUAUUGUGCUGCAUAUCCACACUUGGUUGAUGUUUGUGAUAUUGGUCAACAUUUAUUCUGGGGUAAGAAAUGGGUUUGGUAUUUAACUGCUAUUUGUUUUGUAUUGAAUAAUUUAUUAAUUCAAGCUUUACAUGUCUUAGUUGGAGCUAAAUAUCUUAAUACCAUUACUGGUAAUACUACUAUAUGUUCUGUAGCCUUUGGUGUUGUCGCUGCUAUUAUUUGUUUCUUGAUCUCUUUACCAAGAACAUUUUCUCAUAUGUCCAUAAUUGGUUACUUCUCAGCAAUAACUAUGUUCACAGCCGUUGUUUUAGCUAUGGUUUUUGCUGGUAUACAAGAUCAUCCUUUCGGCUAUGAAAAAGAAGAAUUACCUAUAGUUUGGACUGCUUGGCCAAUUAAAGGCACUUCUUAUGUCAAUAUCAUGUCUGCUGUUUUAAACAUUGUCUACACUUUUGUUGGACAAGUUACUUACCCAUCUUUCAUUUCUCAAAUGAAAAGACCAAAAGAAUUCAAAAAGGCUCUUUGGGCAGUUACUAUCUUGGAAAUUCUUUUAUUCUCUUUAGCUGGUGUGAUUGUAUACAUUUACGUUGGUAAUAAUUAUAUCACUUCACCAGGUUUUGGAUCUUUGAGUUUGAAAUAUAAGAAGAUUGCCUUUUCUUUUGCAGUCCCAACCAUUAUUUUCUUAGGUGCAUUAUAUUCCAAUGUUUCAGCUCAAUUCUUAUUCCAACAUAUUUUUGAUAAAACUUCUAUUCACAGAAAUAGUCAUACCGUUAAAGGUUGGAUCGUUUGGGGUGGAAUAAAUGUUAUCCUUUGGGUCUUGGCUUUCGUCGUUGCAGAAGUUAUUCCUUUCUUCAGUGAUCUUUUAUCUUUGAUGUCUUCAUUAUUUGACUGUUCUUUCGGUUUCUUCUUCUGGUCCCGUGCUUUUUUCAAAUUGAAAGAAUUAUAUUAUUAUAAAUUAGAAAAUAGACAAUUGUCAACUUGGGAAAUUUUCCAAAGAUCAAAUCUUUGGAGUAAAGGUGAAAUCUUACUUAAUUUCUUAAUUGCACUCAUUGGAUUUUACAUUUUAGGUCCUGGUUUAUACGCUACUAUUCAAUCCAUUAUUUGGUCUUAUGAAGCAGAUGCUUAUGGAAAGCCUUUUUCAUGUGCUUCAAAUGGUAUAUAGUCAACUCUUUUCAAUUCUUUUCAAUUUACUUUUAUAGUAGAAUCUAGUUA